AGGUAGCAAUGUUGCAUGACUUCCCCUCGUUUCACGUCCGAUUUCUACCCCGCGCGGCUCAGCGCACCCACGAACGAAAGUGUCGCGCCCGAGAGCUCGUGUUGCAAACUAUUCCCAUCCCAUUCUGGCCCUAACGAGCUUUUCUUCCCUCUCGCUCAUCUCGCUCGUGUUCAUUUUCGAGCAUGCAACAAAGUGAACGGUUUCGCUGUGUCGCACCGCACACACACACGCCGAGGACCUGCCCAGGCGGUUGCAAGCUAUUCCCAUUUCAUUCUCGCCCACGCCAUCUGUUCUUCCGUUUCGAUCAUCUCGCACUUAGCAAAUUUUCGGUGUGCAACGAAGUGUUUGCUGUCGACGGAUCACACCGCACACACACACGGCAUCGGCCAUGGACCGUUUAUUAUUAAAUAAUGGCGCUGAUUAGUGGAACUACGGGCGAAUGGCAUGGGUUAAAUUGUGUUGGUCAAAUUUUCAUAUGAUUGCAAAUAUUUGAUUUUUAUGCGUAUUUAAUUAUAAAAAAUAUCUUUUUAUUGAUUAAUUAUUAUUUUUAAUUAUUAAGAAGGGCAAAUAAAUCUUCGCCUUUAAUAAUUUCCUCAAUUUUUGGACUUUAUUUUGUGUCGAAUAAUGGACAUUAUUUUCAUGGUCAAAAAUAUUGAUCUUUAAUUUGCGAUACUCCAUAGUGCCGUUUGUUAUUGAUAUUCUAAACAGUUCUAUCAGUUUACCUUCUACCACACUCUCGCCAUCUUACAAAAACACAAAUAGUGCAGAAAAAUAGUUUACAGUGUUAUAACCAAGGAAAAAGGUAAAUAAAAGCAGCAUGGAUUCCUCUUUGCAGUCAUCCAAAAGAUCAGGCCAAUUUUAUCGGCGGAUCCAAAAACGUACUGCUGAUGAAGUUGAGGUAGAACAGGGAGAAUCUAGUCAGAUGCAGUUCGAAAUUGGUAAGUAAAAUCAUCUUUAAACUAGUGAUUAUUAUUAGUUUGAGGCAAAUUAUGUGUAGGGAAUAUUAUUAGUUGUACGCAUCGCUAAAAAUUGACCGAUAAUCGUUGAAAAACAGUGCGUGUAGGACGGUAUUAAGUGCAAGCGUAUUUAUGCGUGUAAAUUGCGUGUAAUGUGUGUGUUUGUGGUCCAAUCUCGAUCGGAUAAACCGAUGCCAUUUUAAUAUGAUAGGCAAUAAUCAUAGUUUAAUGUGUGCGUAUAAAAAAGUGCGUUAGGUCGCUGACCGCAGGAUCUUGUAAGCAAGGAAAGAUCGCGCACGAGCAAAUACCCAAAGAAGUGUAGGAGAUAUUGUGUGAUUAAUUCGCAUUUUAAAUAUUAAAUGUUUGCUAUUUAAUAUUAUUUCCGGUUUACGUACAUAUUCCCAACCGAUAGUUGUUGUUAUUUGUGUUACAAAUGUGGAACGGUGCAAAAAUGUUAAUGAUACAUUUAAUGCAAAUUAUGCAAUGUUUUUUUUUGGCUGUUGAUGUGUUUUAUUUAUAGAUUUUUCUAACGCCUUUGUUUAAGUAGUAAUAUUUUUAUUUAAGUAAUUUACAUUUGCUUAGACCACCACCGCAAAACAGUUGUAGCUGUAAAAGCUUAAUAUCGUAUUUUAUUUAUAUAAUAAAAAUUUAUGAUUACGGCUUCGGCUGUAAAAGCUUAAUAUCUAUUGAUAUUCAAAUUUGUAUUUGGUUGUGCUGGUGCAAAACGUUAAUUUUUGUUUGCUUUUGUUACAGAAAAUGAUCGCAUGUUGUUAUUGACAGAAGAUGCAGAAAUUGUGCCCGAUGAAGAUGAUGUCCUGGAGGACAUAGAUUAUAUUGAUGAGGUGGGGACGGAUGAGGAAUUUAAUUUCCGACAGAGCUCCAUAGAGGAAUGUCUUCGGUUUUGGGCUCUGAAGACGAAUGCACCACAUUCCUCCAUCAAUAUAAUUCUUAAAAUCUUCCGGGCUAAAACCGAACUCCGUCCUCCCAAGGAUGCUCGAACGCUUCUACGUACCAACCAAACCGACAAGGAAAUCGUUACUGUCGGAGGCGGACACUUUUGGUACAAUGGUGUUGAAAAGUGUCUUCGUACAACAUUCAGGUGAGUUAAUUUUUUUUUAUUAUUAAUCUGUAGGAUGGACUAGCUAUUAGUAUUAAUUUUUCCAGUCCACAUUUCGAAUGUAGAAUCAUAAUCUUAUCACCUGGUUCUAUUUUAAAUUUGAGCCCAUGACAAAACGAAUAUUCGUUGCAUAGAUAGGUAGAUAGAUAGAUAGGUAAAUAGAGAAAUAGAUAAAUAAACAAAUAGAUAAAUAGAUUAAUUACGUGUAGACAAAUUGGUUUAUGUAUAUUAGAAAACAAAGAAUACUUAAAUUAUCAUAGCUGAAAUGCAUUUUUAUAGUUUGGCGAUUAAUAAACCGUUUAAUUAAUUUUUAUUUUAGAAAGUUGCGCUUCGUGGUAGGUACUACCUUACCGCUAACGAUUUCGGUGGACGGUUUGCCGCUCCACAAAAGUACGCGCCUAACAUUUUGGCCGAUUUUGAUUAAUGUCCAUACUAUGCCUCACAUCAAACCCAUGACGGUUGCCAUAUUUUUUGGGAUCACCAAACCGAGUUCGGCCCAAGAGUUUUUGGAGAAAUUGAUCCAAGAGCUCAACGAGCUUAUGGAGCGAGGCAUAGUAUUAGGCCGCGACAGGACAUUAGUCAACAUCAGCGUUCGUGCUUUUGUGGCCGAUUCACCAGCACGAGCUUUAAUUAAGGGUAAAUAUGGAAUAUUUAAAAGGUGAAUAAGCCAUUAAUUGUAGCCUUCUUUUGAUUUACAAGGUGUACAAGGGCAUGGGGGCAGGCAUGGCUGUUUGAAGUGCACGGUUGUUGGUUACAGUCAUCCAACAUCUCGAACAGUCUGUUUCCCUACCGUGGCGGGCACGCCGAGGACCGACGCUGGAUUCCGUCAAGGAAUUUAUGGCGUGCACCAUAAGGAACCUUCGCCUCUUCUAAACCUACGUGGUUUUGAUAUGGUUCAGCAGGUCCUUAUUGGCGAUCGUUUGCACGCUAUUGAUUUAGGAGGGAUGCGACGGAUGCUGCAGUCGUGGACGUUCGGUUUUUGGGGUGCUAGAAAGUGGACUGAAUCAGAGUUUAAAGAUAUCUCUGAUCAUUUGGAAAGCAUCGCUUUGCCUUCGGAGAUCCAUCGCAAGCUUCGCAGGUUGGAUGAUUUAAAGUAUUGGAAAGGAACUGAAUACAGUUCAUUUCUGCACUAUGCCGGUUUUGUCGUUUUGAAAGGCAAAAUUAGCGACGAGCAAUACGACCACUUCAUGCUUUACUUCUGUGCAGUUACAUUAUUUUCUUCUAAUGCAUAUAAAUGUCAUUGGAAUGUGGCUGGUCAAAUGAUGGAACAAUUUGUUAUCGACUAUGCAAAAAUCUACGGGGAGGGUUAUGUGAGUAGCAAUAUUCACAACUUGUUGCAUGUACACGAGGAGCUUGUGCAAUUCGGCUCACUCUAUACAAUAGCAGCAUAUCCGUUUGAAAAUGCGCUUCAGCAUAUGAAGCACCUUGUACGAAGUGGUUGGAAAAACCUGGAGCAAGUUCGAAAUCGGCUGUCCGAGUUAGAACUUUUUAAUGCUCCGGAUGAAAUUGAAAAUUUUGUUUGUUAUAUUUCCGGCCACAGCGAUAAUGUUACCCUACAUAUGAAGGAUUAUAAAUUGCAGAAUAAUUUCCGAAACAGUUGGUUUCUUUCCACAGAGUACGAAGUUAUCAAAUAUUGCUCGGCAGCGAGGGUAUCUUCCUCUGUGAAAGUUACUGGCCAAAAACUGUUGGAAAGGGAAGAAUGUUUUGUGUAUCCGUACUCGUCUGCUAAUAUGUUCAUAUGUCAGGGUAACAUUAAUAACCUCGAUGCAACCACAACCGAAUUUGACACCUGCAGUAUUUUUUGCAAGCUUGUGGCCCUACCUAUUGCUCUGAAUGGUGAAACGAAAUUCGUUCCAUUAAUUCACACCAUCAAAAGUGAGGAUUAAACGCAGGACAACACUAUGAAACGAACAACGAAAGCAACGACCUGAGAUUUCAUGAAGGAUGGAUUAUACUGCUGCGCCCUAAACCGAUUUUUAAAAGUGCCACAACUCCAAGGUAAGCAUAUGUGGCAGCUAGAUAAUGAGAUCAGGCGUGUGCAAAUAGGUUUUAUUUUAUAGAAGAACAUUUAUAUGUUCCAAUGAUAUAUCAUAGGUUAGGGUUAGGCAUUAAAGAAACAUAUUGCAUAUUUAGUUACAAUACUAAUUGUGAUUGCGUACAGAUAGAAAAAAUGAUUUUUAUGUCAGGGUAGAAUGAAUAUUUUACACAUGUAUGCAUUAUAUUUUAAUUAAUACCAUUUAUUAUAUUUUCUUUUUAGUUACUUUUUCACCAUUCACUAACAUUUGGAAAUACACAAACCAACGAGAUGGCAUUGUAUGACUUAGUAACAACGGGGACGGUUUUCACACGAUUGGACCGGUAACAAAUGAUGAUGAUCUUUCGCACGCAAAACAAACCAAAAAAUGUAAGUAUGUAAGGUAAAAGAUUAAAUAUGUAUAUUGUAUUGAUCUUGCCUGUGCUUUGCCAAACUUUACAUACCUGCUCCUCUUGUUAACAUCGUCUCGUUUAGAACAGUUAAAAUUAAGAAAGUUUGGUGUACUGUCAGGAUUCCGGAAAAUCGUUUGCAAAAUUCUUCUAUGCUCAAGAUCCGUUUCUUUAUAUCGAUGAACGCUAUGUUUCUGAACAUUGAAUUUUGCUCAAAAAAUAACACAAAUUAAGGCAUGUUUUCAUGACUUCGCGAAAAACUUUUUUUUAUCUGAGACCAAAUAAAAUCAUCUGGCCGUAGAGAAAUUUUUAGUGGAAGGAAAAAAGGCGGAAGCUUGCAAGCCGGACUUAACCGACCACUACCUUGUUUGGUCCGGUACGAUCGGUGCAUGCGGGGCUGGGUUCCUUUGAUGGCGUACCGUUUGGCGACGUUUGGCAUGGUUUAUUUUUUUAACGAAAAAAUGCUUUACUGCUUCGUUACUGGGCAUUUGCCCUAGGUUUCGAAAAAGCAGUAAAACAUUAUUUAACUUACUAAGUGCAAUUUUCGAGCCUUUGCCCGUCCAAUUGCACUUAGCAAAUAAUUCCUUAGAAAAAACGAGAUCAAUAGCCCGAUGUAAUAUGUAGUGCAAUCGGGUAUCCCUCACCUGACCGCGAAUGUAUGCCAACACGUUGAUCAUACUUUCCUCGGUUCCAAGCUGCACAUCAAAUGACAACAAUUCCUCUAAGUUAUCUAGAGGAUUAAAUUGGAACACUUGAUGUGCAGUUUGGAAAGGAGUUGUGAGACACCCGGAUUGCACUGCAUGCUCGAACAGUUGCCGUAUGGUACGUACAUCGCGGUGGAUAGCUUGUGAGUAAUAAAAUACUUGCUGAAGCAAGUUGCUAUCCACCGCGCCGGAAGAUGG